UUGGCCGCCACUGCCGGCACUUGCACUUCUUCCGAAUUCAUCCUCUUCUCUGCCUGCAUCCUUCUGCUGGCAGUCGUCUUCCGACCGGCAUCAUCCUCAACCCCCCCCCCUCCCCCCCCUUUCGCGUCACGCCGAGAGCCAACGGAAAGCAACGGACGACCCCGAUCAUCUUCAAUCCGCAGCCGGGGCGGUUCCAGGGAGUUGACCGCGCCCGAAAUGAGUCAACCGCCGUACUCCACGAGUCAGGCACAGCCGCUGCCGCCCGAUAUGCACCCGCAUCCCCACGCGCCGCCGCCGUAUCCCCCGCAUCAGAUGCAGCCGCUGCCGUCAAUGCCCCCACCGGGCGCAGCCUACCAAGACAGCGUUCCGAUGGCGGGUCCCGGAGCGCUGCAACCCGGGCAGUCGGCCGACGGCGGCCAAGCGGCAUCGUCGCAGUCCCAAGAACGGGCCCCGCUGACGCCGGAACAGAAACGACAGCAAGAAAUAAAUCUCAAGCCCUACUCAUCGCAGGACGAUCAGGGCCGCGUAUACUCUCUUGAUGUUGUGCAACAGCCACAACGUGCGCGAAUGUGCGGUUUUGGUGACAAGGACCGCCGGCCCAUCACCCCUCCACCCUGUGUGAGACUCAUAGUCAAAGAUGCAAAGACGGGGAAAGAGAUUGAUUGCAACGACAUCGAGCAUGCUAUGUUUGUUCUUAAUGUCGACCUGUGGUCCGAAGACGCCUUGAAGGAAGUGAAUCUGGUUCGCCACACCACAGCGACCCCCUCAAUAUCAUCCACCUCGCCUGCGUCCUACGCACAGAUCGAGCAGGCGACGCCAGCAUAUUCCCACAUUCUGCCGUCCGGCCGCGAUAUGGGCUACUCUCAGCAAAUGGCCUACCCUCCACCCGGUCAAGUAGUCAGCCCUUAUGGCAUGCAACAACCAUACACACAAGCGGGAUUUGUAUCGCCGAAUGGGGCCAGCUACCAGCCUCCAAAUCAAUACUAUCCCCAAGCCGAGCUGCAGGGUCUUAAUCAGCUCGUGACCUCGCCCUACGGCCCUCCGCGCGUCUAUGACCCCCAGUUUGGCGGCAUGUCCCAGCGCAUGUCCAUUAGCGGCAACCCGCCGUCGGGCAUGUUUACACGGAACCUUAUUGGGAGCCUGGCUGCCAGCGCGUUCCGUCUCCAGGACCCUCAGGACAAGAUCGGCAUUUGGUUUAUCCUCCAGGACCUCAGUGUCCGAACCGAGGGCUGCUUCCGUCUGCGCUUUUCUUUUGUGAACGUCAGCGCCCCUGGCCAGUCUGGCAGCGGAUCCAUCAACGUUGGCAAGGCCCCUGUCCUAGCCUCCGUAUUCAGCGAUGUCUUCCAGGUUUACUCCGCCAAGAAGUUCCCCGGAGUUUGCGAGAGCACGCCCUUAAGCAAAUGCUUUGCGAGUCAGGGGAUUAAGAUACCCAUCCGCAAGGAUAACCCCAACAAAAGUUCCAACCAAGAUGACGAUGAUUACGACUAGCCCGCCAACACUCGGUUCCAAAGCUGUGUCGUUUAUCCUUUGUCUGGCUGGAUAGCCUGUCCGUGGUAUUUGUACCGGCGAUCGCCACGAACACGAAAUCCAUAUUCCCUUUCCAAAUGCUUUGUGCCUCAUUAGAUAUUGGCGCGCUAGGACUCUCAGGGUGUUGUUGUAUCCGUCUCCUUGGUUUCCUCCCUUCACCACUCCUUCCCAGGAUGGAAGGUGGAAGGGUAUAGACGCAGGAAGUAUAGGUAUCAU